UAUGGUCGUAGAUGUCGCUUCAGUGGCCGAUUAAAUGGCUUCUGUGUGUAUAUUACUGCGUCAGUAUGUUGCAAAUUUAACGAUUUUAAUAAAUUAAACAACGCCCCGGUUGUAACCGACGAAAUAAUAGUGCAGUGAGAUGUUGAAAAACGUUAAUUCCAUAAAAAUGUUGCCGAAAUGUAUUAAAAUAUACAAAUUUCGGUCAAACUACUAUGGAUAAUUGAGUGUUUUUUCAAAAUGGUGGGUGUUUGUUAUUUGGCUACGAUCAUUAUUUACAUCAUUAGUUCGGCAAGUUGUACGAAAAGCAAAGAUUGUCCAGAAAUUUGCACUUGUUUGGGUUCUUACGUCGACUGUUCGUCGAAAAGAUUGCAAGUAAUUCCAUCGAAUCUUCCAAAAUGGACCACUCACCUCGAUUUACGUAAUAACACCAUUAAAAAACUUAACGACGUUACUUGGAGAAACCUGACUAUCUUAACUGAACUCAUAUUGAACAAAAACGAAAUUUCUGUUAUUCCCAACGACGCGUUCAGUAACCAGAAGCAGCUAAAAAUUCUUGAACUUAACCGAAAUCAGCUGAAGUCCAUUGAAGCUUUAACUUUCAAGUCAUUAGAACGUCUAUAUGUAUUAAAAUUGAAACGAAACCAAAUAACGCAACUCAAAGAUGGGGCCUUCUACGGAUUGUUGUCUAUUGACAAAUUGAUUUUGGAUUACAAUCACAUAUUAGUCAUUUCGAAAGGAUGGCUUUAUGGUUUACAGUCUCUAAAAGAAUUGUCUUUGAACCACAAUUACAUCAAUUUUGUCGAACCUGAGGCUUGGGAGUUUUGUAAAAAACUGGCCCUCUUAGACUUGUCUAAUAACAGGCUAGAAUCGGUCGCAGCUAAUACGUUCAAACAUCUUAACGAUCUCCAAAAACUAGUAUUAAGUAACAAUAAGAUAACAUUUAUUGAAGAAAGAGCUUUUAGCCACUUGCCAAAUCUGAAAUACUUGCAUUUAAAUAACAAUAAAAUCUCGUGGACGAUUGAGGAUGCGAACGGCGUGUUCCAAGGACUGGGCAAUUUGAUUAAGUUUUACCUGGCCGAUAAUAACAUUAAAUCGAUAAGUAAAAACGCCUUUAUUGGAUUGAAGAACGUAACGUAUUUAAAUUUGAACGACAAUAACAUUACCUCAAUCCAAAUGAACGCCUUCUCUGAAGUGCCUUUGCUUUCGGAUCUCGUUAUUAACACCACUUAUUUACUUUGCGACUGUAACAUUCGUUGGUUUUACGAAUGGUUGGACACAAAACAGUUCAAAAUCCGUGCGAUUUGUGCCUAUCCCGAAUGGUUGCGAGGCCAGUCAUUGGUCGAAAUACCAACAUCGAAUUUUACAUGUGACGAACUACCUAAACCGAGAUUAACCGAAGAACCGGAACCAGAAAUAAUGGCUUUAAAAGGAGAAAAUAUUACGUUAAGUUGCACAGCGAUGUCAAGUUCAAACAGCCCUAUGACUUUCCAGUGGAAAAAAGACAACGUCGAUAUAAUUAACAUGAACAUUAACGAAAAUUCCAGUUCCGAUGGUAAAACUACAGAAGCAGUAUCCAAACUCAACAUUUACAGAGUGCAGCAUUCCAAUGCUGGGAAGUACCAGUGUGUUGUGUCGAACAUUUUUGGCACCACGUACUCGCAAAAGUCGAGCAUUUCGGUUCUAAUUUUCCCGACGUUUCUCAAGCGACCUGAUAACGUAACGGUAAAAGCCGGCGACGUCGCCAAAUUAGUCUGCGCGGCUCACGGCGAGCCACAACCGGAAAUCGCCUGGCAGAAAGAUGGCGGAAAUGAUUUUCCGGCGGCCAGAGAAAGACGCAUGCAUGUGUUGCCAGCCGAUGAUAGUUUUUUCAUCUCAAAUGUCAAACCAACGGACAUGGGAAUAUACAGUUGCACUGCACACAACGCCGCUGGUACUAUAGUCACAAACGCCUCGUUGACGGUUUAUGAAAAACCUUCUUUUGUCAAAUCGAUGGAGAAUAAGGAAGUGACCGCUGGCGAAUUGGUGGUGCUUCAAUGUAUGGCCAGUGGGACCCCAAAGCCCACGAUCACGUGGUACAAAAAUGGGGAGCCCAUUCGGGCAACUGAGCGUCAUUUUUUCACCGCGGAGGAACAACUGAUGAUAAUUGUGGACACUGUCCAAUCGGAUUCCGGCAAAUACGAGUGUCAUUUGAAUAAUUCUUUGGGCGAGAAGACCGGAUAUAGUCUACUUAGAGUCAAGCCUGGCUUCGUUAUAGGCAACUUCACGACGACUGACAUGAUGGGUAUUAUAAUAAUAACGGUGGUAUGUUGCGCCGUCGCCACUUCCAUCAUCUGGGUGGUGAUCAUUUACCAAACGCGUCGGCGGAUGCCGCCGCCGGCCGCGCCGCCCCUCGAGGGCCCCCUGGAGCUGGACCGCGGCGUGCAAUUCACCGACAACGCCUCCGACCGGUCAUCGUGCCGCGACAGCGGAACGGGCGAUUCCGCCCGUCGCAGCAACGACGACCUGGCGCACGAAGACUACAAACUGAUAAUUAACGAGGAGCCGCAACCUGGCUGGAAUGUGAUGCGAAUCGCCAGUCUGACUUACAUCCCCGCCGACCCCAACAGCUCGCAUGCGCCGCUCCUUCCAGGCACGCCGUACGUCCGCUCCACGAACCACGACCGACCUGAAACGCCAGACAAGGGGGCGCCGCCAGCAGAACAAAGCGAAACCACGGAUUGAACGCUGCUGGAAGUCAAUUUCCUACUCAAUGGUACAAUUAAGUGUAUAUACUGUAUUUUUUAGUUCCUGUCUUAGAUUAAUCGCGUUUAUUUAAUGUUUUUCGACUGUUGCCGAGUUAUUUAUUAAGUUAUUUAUGUUCGGAGUUACAUAACGACGUCGAACUGAUUUCACACGAGUCGUCGUGACAAUAACCUAAGUUAGGUGAGAUUUAGGCCAGGUUUCACGGAGGCACACUCAACGGUUUUGGCCGUUGGCUGUGUCUAAGUGGAGUUUGGCCGAGAUUUAUACCAAAGCAAGUUGUGAUGCGGUAAAUGACCGGAGGCCUUAUCUAUAAAUAAAAAUAUUUUUCUAGCGAUAUAAUUAUAUUAAAGCGCGUAUUAGAAACGAUACCAGUUAUACAAAUUCCAUUAAACACCAAUUGUGGCGUCGUAUGUAACUUUGGAUGACUUGUCCCAGUUUUAUUACUUCAAAUUCCCGUGAUAUUAUGUUGAUAAGUGGACAUAAUUUUUGUAUAUUUACAAAGUUUUAUUAGUAUACUGCCCAUUAAAAGUAUAAUUCCUGUAGAUAUUACUAUGUUAGUGCAGUUGUAAAGUAUUGAAACGUGUUUGUGUUGACUGUGUUUAUUUAUUAAUGUGUGUAAGCCGUGCGAGUGUCGUCGAUAUUGUUUUUAUUGUGUUAUAAGCAAUCUAUAUUAACACUAUUUUGUUAAUACGUUUUAAAUUUAUGGUAUUUUUUUCGAUAAUUUUUAAGUUCUGUAAUCCCACUUUAUAGUAUUACUAAGUAUACCUCAUUGUGAUUUAUAAUUUUUGUCUAAAAUAAAAUAAUGCCUAUAUUAUAUAAAGUGGUUCUUAGGCUUGCAACAAAACUCACUCCAAGCUGCCGGCUAGGCCAAAAGUGGGCAGCUUGGCGUGCCUUUUGGUUAGUCCCUCCCUUGAAAUACGCUUUUGUAACAAAUGUGCAACUCGGAAGUAUUGGGCAUGCUAAUAGCCUUAUGGCACGUUUUGAUUAAAAGUUUAGUCCUAUUCAAA